AAUCCUGAACAGCUACGAAUGAACUGUUACUAAAGAAACCAAGUUCGGUUGUGAGUCGCCCCUCCUCUCGUGCUCUUUGUGGUCGAGGCUACUUUUGUGCGUGCGACCGGUUUUUAAAGGAAUAUUUACAGCCCGUUAAGAUGCAAGGAAACCGAGGAGGCCGUCCCGAUCAGCACAACCACGGCCCAGCGAGGCAGCAGCCCAACCUGCAGCACGACAGGAAGCCUCCGGGAACGGACAGCAACGGGCAGCACACGGACGGCGGAGAACAGCCCAGCCCUGAUGCUGGUCUGACUAUCGACCUGACGAGCUUUAAGAAGCCCGGGGAGAAGACGUACACGCAGCGCAGCCGGCUGUUCGUGGGCAACCUGCCCGCUGGAACCUCUGAAGAAGAAGUGGAGAAGCUCUUCUCUAAAUAUGGCAAACCCUCCGAGAUCUUCAUCAACAAGGACCGAGGCUUCGGGUUCAUCCGCCUGGAAACCAAGACCCUCGCGGACAUCGCCAAAGCCGAGCUUGACGACAUGAUGUUCCGCGGCCGUCAGAUCCGCGUGCGCUUUGCCACUCACGGUGCUGCGCUCUCGGUGAAGAACCUGCCUCAGUUUGUAUCCAACGAGCUGCUGGAGGAGGCCUUCUCCAUGUUCGGCCCCAUCGAGCGCGCCAUCGUGAUCGUAGACGACCGCGGACGGCCCACGGGGAAGGGCAUCGUGGAGUUCGCCAACAAGCCCUCGGCCCGGAAAGCCCUGGACCGCUGCUCUGACGGCGCCUUCCUCCUCACCUCGUUUCCUCGGCCCGUGACGGUGGAGCCGAUGGAGCAGUUGGAUGAAGACGAAGGAUUUCCAGAGAGACUCGUCAGCAAAACCCCACAGUACCACAAGGAGCGCGAGCAGCCCCCGCGCUUCGCCCAGCCCGGCUCGUUCGAGUACGAGUACGCCAUGCGCUGGAAGGCUCUGAUGGAGAUGGAGAAGCAGCAGUUUGAGCAGGUGGACAGGAACAUCAAGGAGGCGCAGGAGAAACUGGAGCAGGAGAUGGAGGCGGCCAGACACGAGCACCAGGUCAUGCUCAUGAGACAGGAUCUGUUGAGGAGGCAGGAGGAGCUGAGGCGUAUGGAGGAGGCGCACAACCAGGAGGUGCAGAAGAGGAAGCAGCUGGAGCUGCGUCAGGAGGAGGAGCGGCGCCGCAGGGACGAGGAGCUCAGGGCUCACACCGAGGAGCUGAUGAGGAGACAGCAAGGCGCUGGAGCAAACUUCGGCGAGAAGAGGGAGCAGGACAUGAGGAUGCACAUGGGAGGUCAAGGCCUUCCCAUGAACAGGACCUCAAUGGGAGGAAACCCCGCACCAGGAGGAGCGCCCAACAUGGCCGCCAAUGAGGGUGCUGGAGGAAACGCAGGUGGACUUCCUCUGCCGUUCCCGCGUCCUGGCCCGCCUGUCGACUACAAACGGCGCCGGUUCUGAGAGCCCAGGACACGCACGUCUCUCUGUCUCUUUUUUUUUUUUUGUUUUGUUUUGUUUUGUUUUGUUUUUUUUCCCUUUUUGUUAUUUUUUUACACACACAUACUGUACAAUAUUUUUAAGUCCAACCAGUGAAUUGAGUAGUUUCAUCAAAAACACGUUUUUAAAAAAAAAAAAAACUGUGCAAAGUUUCUUUUAAGCUUGAACCAAGUCCUCGCUAUGGUUUUUCUCCUGAAGAUUUAUUGUCUUGUGCCCUUGUAAUGGGGUUUUGUAUAGACCUUUUGUUGUUGUUGUUGUUGUUGGUGUUUUUUUUUUUUUUUCCAUAUUAAUGUGAUAUAUCCCUUCUCUUAUUUUUUUAAUUUCGUAUUUCAUCCCAUGUACUUUUUUAUAUAGACAUAGUGAAAUCAUUUUUGUCUGAAAUACCUGCAUUUAUAAAAAUGGCUCACAAUAAAAAAUUCAGGAUUCAGUGUUAUGUA